CCCGGCGCUGUCGCACGUGGUACCUGACCAUUUUCCUCGUGUAGCCUCGAAAUGACGUAAACUUCUGGGGCGCAGUGGGAGGACGCUUAGCUAGCAAAACACUGACCAUUUUGUACGGCUGCACUGUGGCACUGGCCAUGGGGAAUGUCUACGCGUUUCCUCCCAUAAUAACGCUUCAACUUAAACUCGUCGACCCCGGUGAAAGGAGUCCCUCCGCCGUGUAAACCUGUCCCUGAGGGGCUGGAGGCUGCAUUUCACCACAACAAACAUUAUAUAUGCGUGCCAUGCGUAACGAUACUAUUGAUGCGGUUUCCCUGGGUAGCGAGCCAUGAUCCAGGGGAAAAUGAAACCAGCCGUUAGCUAUCCACUGCUUCCCCCCUUCAAGCUCUACGCAGAGAGAGCUCUACUGUUCUCCCCUCAGAGAGACCGACUGUCCCUUCCGUGCUAGUAUCGCGCCAACGCGGGUCGACCGCGCCACCCGCGCUGAGAUUUCAUUUUCGUAUCGACCAUUCUGCGGGGAUCUACGCAACAGAAUUGUGCCACUCGCGCUUGCCGUAGCUACUCUAUCUGUUCCUUUCCUCUGAGCCAUAACUGUUGUCAAGCCGAGCAGAUAUUGACGAUUUGACCCGAAAAACGGUAGCCUCACAGUCGAACGCGAACGAUGCUCCUCAAUCUACCCGCUCCUGUCCAGCGACCCACGCUCGUCCCCGUGCCUCUGAUAGAACUGAGCCCUCUUCAGAAAAGCCGGGUAUCCCAGCAUCACACGCUAACCUCUCCGGUUUGCGGGGUUUCGAUUCAGGCCUUAUGGUUCGUGGGAAGGCGGCGUGACACAGGCAAAUGGUGACCCGACUUGCUGUCGUGGGCACAGCGCUCGCGGCCUGCAUCUGUUGUUUUGAGCAGGAUGUCGAAAGCCCCCUGAUUAUCAGCUGGCUCCCCACCGCAUGGGUCUUCACCCGACAUUUGCGCGCGGCAGCAGUCGUCUUUCUACGCUUCACUGACUCAGUACUCCGUGCUCGUGCUGCCCACGUUCCAGGCGAUGACCAUUCGGACAAACGGGGUAGUCCCUAUCACGCGACCGCUGGUAGUGAGAGUGAAGAAGAAACACGGGUGUCACCAGAAGCACCUGCGCAAGCCCCCUCCAGUUCCGCGCCCGAGUCGGCUGAUUCCAGAAGCCACCGACACGGCGCCACAGAUGCCCCAAGUGGGAGCACAGCCGCCGGGUUAGGAUGCUCUGAAGCGGACCAAUUUGGCGUUGCCAGUACAGUAAAUCUUGCUGGCCUUGGAGACGUGACAUAUGGAGUGGUCGCGCUUCAGCAAUUGAGGAGGCAGGCGACGGCUUUACGGCAGGAAUGGACAAAUGAAAAUACAUUCGUAAAAAUGAGCGUUGGACGGCGCUGCGUGGAUCAACCUGCCCUUCCUACAGUGGAGCAAAUCAGACGUUGGUCGACUCUCUCGAGAAAGAGGUUUCGAGCGCGGUUUCCGACACGGCUGCGGGAGGCCGACCAUCUGGAAACGCUGGCAAACGACGUCGUAAAGGCCCUUGAGAAUGCUGGGGUGUCCGUCCCACACGACGCGGAACACAGCUCGUCGCAACCCGGAACCGAUGAUCAAACCCUCACAUCAGGCGGCGACGCAUCAGGUGCGGCAGGCGGCGAUACAACCUCUGCGGCGACAGUGAAAGACUAUAUAAUGCUCGGCAUUCAGAGUCUGCGGAAUCAAGCAGCGGCCCUCAAGGAGGUGUGGAUGAAUAAGGAGAUGUACGUUGCACGACAGGUUGCACAACGCUUGGUGCGGGGAAUCAGCCCAACUCCACCGCGCAAGCUCGUGACUGAGUGGAAACACCAGGCAAGACGCGAGUUCUGUCAGCGAGCUCACAAACGGAUAGGCGAUGCUGCAGCGCUGGAGGCGAAGGCUAACGUUUGGGAGAAUAAACUUGCCACAGGCGCCCAAACGGACAUCGACGCCGCCGGAGUCGUCCAUCAGCAGGACGGUCAAAAAAAGCAGCGGGGAGUAGAGGUCCCGUCCACCACUCUUCCGGGCGACCCAUCUGUGAGCAGUGCUUCUCCCGGCUCAAGUCGGAGCCGCUCACUUGUCGGAACAGUGCUGGCAAGUACCGUUGAGCUAGAAGGCCGUGGCAAGGUGUCGUACGUUCAACUUGCCAUAGAAGCGUUGUCACGGCGCGUUGCAAAAUUAAAGAGCACAUGGGCGUGUCGGGAUACGUAUGUGGCUCUUCAAAUUGCCGCACGAAUGCUGCGUGGAAACAAUCGAUCACCGUCUGCGGUGGAACUCACGCAAUGGUGCCAGGCUGCGCGAGAUACAUUUCGCCGCAACAGCUCAACGCGUAAGCACCAAGCUGCCGAUCUGCUCGUGAAGGUCGACGAGCUUAAGCAAAGAGCAGUGGAAGCAGGGGUCACGCUUGAAAGCUCCCAGGAGCACAUUGUGGAGGAAUCCGAACUGGAUCGUUCUCUGACAGCUUCGCAAGACGAAGGGUCCUCUGCCGGUCGACCACCCCCUUCGACGCCUGUAGAGGCUCAAAUGACGUUCGCGCACCUUGCGAUCACCAGCUUACGGAGAGAAGCGAAGGAGAUUCGAGAACUAUGGUGCCGUGGCGAAGACUCUUUUGUUGCUCAGCAUGUGGCCGAGCGCUUGGUCCGUGAGGACAAUCCAUCGCCAACCCCCCAGGCAUACAAGCACAUGAGCUACGAAGCUCGGUCAAUGUUCCGUCGUGCGUUCGCAUGGCACCAACAAAAGGCAAGUGAACUGGAGGCGCAGGCACUCACCCUGGAACAAGAACUCCACCACCUACUGCCAUCUACACAAGGCCAUGAGGAAGAACCGCCGCCUGUCGCUGAAUCGUCGGGGAAAUCCUCCGAGUCUCCCAAGUCUGGAAAAAGGAAAGCAAAAACCAAACACCUCUCUCAGACUCCGUCCGCGAGCGCCGGUGAAGGCACCUCGAGCGCCGGUGAAGGCACCUCGAGCGCCGGCGCCGCGAGCAUGCCGAGAUCGCUCUGGCUAACUCCAGUCGUCGCCCUCCCCCUACGAGCACCUCGACAGGGCCCGUGGUGGCCGGGUGCCGAAGCCCCUGUUGCAGGUCGGCAGGUCUCCCCAACUGCCGAACCACAGCCGAAGAGAGCUAGACGUUCCAGAGAAACGUCAGGUCGGUCGCCGCCAACGGCGUCUGGCCCUUCUGUGGGUACAGGAGGCCAGCUGCCAGCACAACUAGGCCCAGCAUCCGCUGCGUCGGCUACACCUGCCGCUGAAUCAGACGGUGGGUCAAGUGAGACUGUACCAGCCCCGCCCAAAAAGCAAAUGCUCCUCCAAUUUCUAGCAACUCAAAUCGCUGCAGGCACGCCAUCGCCCCCCCAUCCAGUCCCAACGGUUCGGCCUCGUUCGCCGGCGUCAACAGCGUCUGCAGGGCCGCCUCUGGCCGCACGCCCCCACCCGUCGCUCCUCCAACCAGCAAGACAAGCCGAGUGGCCCGGGCGCGUCUCUAGCGACAGAGAGCCAAGGGCACUGCCGCUCAAGAAGCGCCCACUCCGCACCCCCCUUCCUCUCGUCCACUCCUCGCCUACCAGCACCACCCAGCACGAACGGGGCCCGCCUGUGUCUGGAGCUCACACUACAGCAGGGACCGAGCCCUCAUCUGGUGUUCAACCACCACCUUAA